UAUUCAACGAACAACAACAUCUAAUUUUUUUAAAAUAUCAUGUAUAGGAUGUAUGUACAAAGUUUGAAAAGUAUAUAUGGAGAUCUCAAUGACAAUGUCAUUGAUACACAAAUAGAAGUUGACUUUCCGCGAUGGUUUCAAGAAUAUGUGACAAAGAAUCACAAACUUAGGAUGCAAAACCCUGACUUGUAUGACUUGGCAAGAGGACCCUUGAGACUAGCAAAGUCAUGGCCUAUUUAUCAUGUGAAUGGAUACCAAUUCAACACAACUUCUUGGGGUGAAGGCAAAAUAACAUAUAAUAGUGGAGUAUGUGUUAAGGGAAUUGGUCAAGGUGAAACCUCAAGUGAUUAUUAUGGUGUUGUUUCCGAGAUUCUAGAAUUUGAAUGGCGAAGUCAAGCAACACGAAAGCUAAUUUUAUUUUACUGUGCUUGGUUCGACCCUUCAAGUCGUGGAAUGAGGAUACAUAAUCAAUACAAGAUUGUAGAAGCACGAAAAGAGAGAAAAUAUGAAAAGGUUUACAUGGCCCCCAACUUUGAACGACAUGGUGCGACGCAACUUUGA